GCUCCGCGCACUCUGGCGGGUUUCUCCCCCUGUGUUUUUCCCGGGGCCCCGCUUAGGCUCCGCGCGUGGCCGGGGAAAGCGGAAACGGCUGCGGGGACAGUCUCCUUGCGCAGGGGCCAUCCUCGCCGCCAUGUCGGGGGGCUUCGAGCUGCAGUCGCAGGAUGGCGGCCCCCGGGUUGCCCUGGCGCCCGGGGAGACGGUGAUCGGCCGCGGGCCGCUGCUGGGAAUUACAGACAAAAGAGUGUCCAGAAGACAUGCAAUUCUUGAGGUGGUGGGUGGUCAGCUUAGAAUUAAACCGAUACACACAAAUCCAUGUUUUUAUCAGUCUUCCGAGAAGAGCCAGCUCUUACCAUUGAAGACAAAUCUAUGGCACUGGCUGAAUCCUGGAGAUAGAUUUUCUUUGUUAGUUGACAAAUACAUUUUCUGUGUUUUUUCUACAUAUUCUGAAACAGAAAUGGAAUAUACUUUAAGAAACAGUCAAAUGCUUGAUGAAGAUGAUAUUUUGAAUGAAACACCAAAAUCUUCCCUGAUGAAUUUGCCUGAUGAGACAAUGGGUGCCCCGCAGUGGGAAAGAAGCCCAGAAAUAGCUGAGACCCAGACUGCUAUGGAAAAUAGUGUGUCUUUCCUAGGUAAAUGUACAAAUUUCAGUAAGCAACAGCCAAAUCCUGGCCAGAGGAAAAGAAUCCUUCCAACGUGGAUGUUAACAGAAAAUGUUAGUGAUCAGAAUCUUCCAGUACCAGUCAUUAGUGAAGAUAAUAAUAUUCAGGAAAGUGGAAAAAUGGGAAUCUGCAAAAAUAAAACCCAAGGAAACAUAACACAGCAAAGAAGAAAGCGAUUAAUUUCAUCGGAAAGUUCAGAAGGCACAUCAGCAGAGCAAGACACAGGGAAAAAAUGCAGAGAUGCUGAUCAGGAAGAGUCUGUCAUUUCAUCAAAGGAAAUACCACAAUCAUUUUCUGCAACCACAUUAAGUUACACACAGAUGAAUAAUAUAAAAAGUGAUACACGGAGAAACAAAAUUUCAAAAGAGGAACCUGGUAAGAUUUCUGAACAUAAAAUCAUCACUCAAGGAAGACAAGAUGAAGAAGAUGAGGCAAUUAACUGUUUUGAGCGUUGUUUGAGUGCCCAGAGCAGGUCACUACAUGAAGCUCAAGGAUCUCAUCCCGAGUCUAGUUCUAAUCCCUCGAAUCCUGAAACUUUGUAUGCAGGGAGAACUGAUUCAGUUCCACAAGGUUCUGAAGAAAACAAGGUCAAAAGAACAUCCUGCAUGUACGGUGCAAACUGCUACAGGAAGAAUCCUGUCCAUUUUCAACAUUUCAGUCACCCUGGUGAUAGUGAUUAUGGAAGUAUGCAAGUUACAUGUCAAGAUGAGGCUGAUGACCAACCUGAAUGUCCCUAUGGAGCAUCCUGUUACAGGAAGAAUCCUCAGCACAAGAUAGAAUAUAGACACAGUACACUUCCAGUGAGUAACACUUCAGAUGAAGACAAUGAUAAUGUUGGACAACCCAAUGAGUACAACCUGAAUGACAGCUUUCUAGAUGAUGAGGAAGAAGAAUAUGAGCCAACAGAUGAAGAUUCUGAUUGGGAACCAGGAAAGGAAGACCAAGAGAAGGAAGAUGUGGAAGAGCUUUUGAAAGAAGCCAAAAAGUUUAUGAAAAGAAAAAAGUGACCCUUCUCUGCAAUAAUUUAUGGCUCCCAUUAACUCAACUUUAUGGAGGAAAAUUUCAGGAACUAAGGAGGCACUUAGUCAACAAUUGUUUUCCUUCUUUUUAUAGUUAUGACUUUACUAUUGACUCUUUACAAAUGAAACAUUGAAAUGUCAACCUUCAAUGAAGUGGAUGGAUUUUGUUUUGUUGCUUUGCCUUUUUUAAUCCUCUGUAAAGUACCUGGAAGUAGGAAACAGAGAAUUAAAGAGUGGUUAUUUUUAAUGUACAUUGUGUGUUGGUAAUAAAAAGUUAAAGCUACACAGGUUGCACAAAACUGUUUUUUUUUUUUUUACCUUUCCCCAGAAAGUCUGUCUUUAUAGAAUACUAUGCAAGUAUAACCAAACAAAUUACAUCAUGAGUGAAAAAGCAUGCUUUUUUCAUUGCCAUCGAAGUAAUUCUUCAAGCAGAGCCAGAUUUUGAAAAAUGACAGCCAUCAUACAGUGAUUAUUUUUCUGAUACCCUAGGUGUGAAUUUUGCAAUUUAUUCUGUUAGUCUCACUCUUAGAAAUGUGGGGAAAUUAGAACCAAAUGAAUACUGAAAGUAAAUUAGACUAUAGAAAUGUUCACCAUGCAGGGAGUGUUAUUUUGUGACCUACCUAUGUAAUUUACUGUAUGUCUGUCUGAGUUUAAAGAUAGAAAGACUCAAAGAAUUUAAUAGUUCCUUUUUCAACUAAAGUGCUCCCUGAUUAUUUUAACUCCCAAUAUGCUCCUUAAGAAUAUAGAAAUGAUGGGGCCUCCCUGGUGGCUCAGUGGGUUGAGCGCAGCACUGUGAAGCUAUCCGCAGCCUCUUCAGCACAGGUUCAAUUUCGGGCUGGCCAGGGAGAUUCCCACAUGGUGCAGCAGACCUCUCCUGUCAUUCCUGCUGCUCCCCUCAGCAGUGUAUUUUGGUGGUCUGCCUGUUCUGCUCCCUGCUCUGUCUCUGAUGAAUCCUCUCACCCUCCUGUGCCUCUGGCCUGUACCCCAGCUCUUGUAUAAAAAUAAAUAAAUCUUUUUAAAAAAGAAUAUAGAAAUAAAUUUUAACUCUAAUUUUCUCAAUGACAGAUUUUUGUUUUGUUCUCAGAUAAAAGUAGUAAGUUGUCUGCCAGAUUUCAGAAACUCCUUUCUUUAAUUUUAUGAAGUAUAUAUUUUUUCUUAAACUACUUUAUCCCUGUAAUUAUCUUCAUUUUAGGUGAUUUAGAAUUUCUGAAAUAUAGUAACAUUUGGGUAUGUGUACACAGUGUAGUGGGCAUAUUAUUGAAAUUAUAAAACAUUGAACCAAAAGUGUCCUUGUUAAACACUAACGUUUUCUAUUCUUAGAGACCUAAAUGUUUAUAUCUUCAAAGUGCAAGAAAAUAAUAUUGAUUAUACUAUUUUCUUAGUGCUUUCAAAUAUAUUUCCAGGUGAUUAUAUAGUAUUAAAAUUUACUUAUGCUGACAAAUAAUAGAUAAAUAUUGUUCAAGGCUAUUAUUACUUAUCAUUCUGACUUUGCCUCUAUUGUUAUAUGGAAACUCAUUUUCUCUUUCUGAUGGGGAUUUGACAAAACUGUGACUAAAAUAUUUGAACUUACUCUCAUCCCUGCACUUAGUCCUUAAAUAUUCAUUAAUUCACUCAGAUAUUUUCCAAAGGAAAGUGGCAACAUCUAAAUGUACAAUGAGCUGAUGAAUGGAUUAAUAAAAUCUGGUUUUGUGGGUAUCCUUGAAAACAAUUUCCAGUGGGAAUGUGUGUGGGCUUCUCCACACCAAUAAGCAAUUUUCAGACACCAUCAGUUUGUCCUAAGAAUUCAACUCAGUUAUGGCUGAGAGAGCUUCAGAUCCCACAGAUUCAGUCUCCCAAAAUCAUCUUCCAUUUAAGAUGACAACUGCAAGGCCAUUAUGCCACCUGGGUUUUUGACCAAUUGGCUGCAGUUGGGAGGUUCCCAUAACCCUCUCUUCCUCACCCUUCAGGUGCUCGUCCAAGUCCAGUUUAUUACCUGUGCUUCUGACCAACAGGCUAUAAACUGAGAUUACUAGGUCACCUUCCUCAGGUUCAAUUAAUUUGCUAGAGUGGCUCACAAAACUCAGGAAUCUCAUUUAGUCACUAGAUCACUGGAUUACAAAGGGAUCUAAUUCAGAAAGAGUCUGAUGAAAGAGAGAUACAUAGAGCAAGAUAAGGGGGAAAGGAGUGGCGUGCCCAUGCCCUCUCCAGACGUGCCAUUCUCCCCAAAUGUUCACUUGUUUACCAAUCCAGAGCUCUGGAUCCUCCUCCUCACAGGUUUUUCUGGAGUCUUUAUUACACAGGUCAGACUGACUAAACCAUUGGCCACAGGCAAUUAAACUCAACCUCAAGCUCCUUUACUCUCCCUGAAAGUUAGGGGGCAGGGCUAAGAGUCCCACUAUUAAUACUGGUUUCCUUGGUAACCAGUUCUCAUCCUCAGGUAUUCCCCAAAGUCAUCUCAUUCACCUAACAGGAGCCACCUAUAUCACUCCCAACACUUAGGAUAGUCCAAGGUUUUGGGGAGCUGUGAGCCAGGAGCUGUGGAUGCAGACCAAAUAUAUGUAAGAAAUGUAUACUUUGGUCAUCUGAAUGACCAAAGAUAUGUAUUUUAUUACACUAUUGCUGUAGCAUAUUUAAACAAUGGAUUUUUUUUGGCUAUAAGAACUGAAGUAUUGAUACAUACUACAACAUGGUUGUAUCAAUACUAUUGAUACAUACUACAACAUGGUUGAACUUGACAACACUAUGCUAAGUGAACUCAUUUAUGUGAAAUGUCCAAAUUAGGCAAAUUGAUGAGAUAGAAGGUAGAUUAGGCUAUGGAGAGUGACUGCUAAUGGGUAGAGGGUUUAUUUUUGAAAUGAUAAAAAUGUUCUAAAAUUAGUGGUUUGGGUUGUACAAGUCUGUAAUAUCCUAAGAUCCACUGAAUUGUAUACUUUCAAAGGAUGAGUUUUAUGCUGUAUGAAUUAUAUACCAAUAAAGCUGUUAUAAAAAAAGAAUGCUAAAAGAUGACACAGUUUUUUUUACGGAAAAACAUUUAAUAAUAGAACAUAUUCUUGAUAGUAAAGUA